GAGAUAACUAUUUGUCCCAGAAGCUCACAGUUCAGCAGGCCAGGCAGUGCUUCACUGAAGCCAGGACCGAAGGUGAAUCCAUUUGGGAAUGCAAAGCCAAGAGAGGUGAUUCUGCAGGAGAAAGGGAGGGACUGGAGGAAGAUUGACCUCGACCUGGAGCAUCGUCGAAUUGAUAGGUACUAUGCCGUAUGCCCAUAUAUGUAUCCGCCUUCUGUACUUGUGUUCCACCUAUCCACACUUAAGGCUCUGUUUGGUAGCAAAGUAUUUUUGAAGUAUUUGAGCAAUACUACAGCUUGUCAAAAUAUCAGUUUCUUUCAGACCAGAGACAAUGAAGAGAGGGUGUUGGAAGAAGAGAUUAACCUACUUAAGGUGGACCUAAAGGAAACUGAAGGAAACAAUAAUGAUGAGUUGCAAAAGGUUUAUUUGAGAAGAUAUUCCAGAUUGAAAGAUCUACACCUUCUUUCAAAUUUCACCUCAUUUGGAUGAGAAGAUCUGGUUUGGACAAAGGCCUGAUUCUGGACCUGGUAGGGUUACUGCACCACGGCUAACUAAUUGAGCAGGGAUCUCGUACCACAGAGUUGGCGGAAAGGCCAUGUUCCCUGAAAACGUAGAACACUAUCCAAAACCAAUGGAGCAACUGUGGGGAUUCGAGGGGAGCAAAGAGAGAGGCUCUUUUGGUGUCAAUAGUUCUGUUCCUUAUGUCUGCUUAAUUUCAUGAACUUUGUCCAAAUACAAACAAAACCAAACUUCACACUUCUUAGUUGAUAGUUACUUUCUUGGCCAGUGAUUACAAAUUGAUCACAAUAUUGCACCCUUCCAGGCUUCUGAAUUUCCACGAAUAUUUUUAUAUAUUUGUGCAUAUAUCCAAUCAUUUUGCAUCAGCUAGUCGAAAUUACAAACCAUAGUCAUUGAUUUACUUAGAAGGACUGUAUUUUACAAAUAUUUUCUCUCCCUUUUCCAUUUUAUGUUAUUGGUACAUUAAACUGUUUAUGUACUUGUU